UAAAAUUUAACCCACCUAAAACAAAUUACCCACCCUCACCCUCACCCUCACGCCAAGACCGACAUCUCCACCACUCCUCCUCACCUGCGAAUCUGCAGCAGCGUUCGCGAGACGACAGUGGUGCCACGCUGACCCACGCGACGACCCACCUUCCUCUUCGUGCGACGCGACGACCACCAUCAUCCUUUUACUUCCCGUGCGACGCGUCGACCACCGUCGUUUAUUUCGUCGGCAACUGCUCAUCGGCGGGAGCAUCCACCACCUAAGAUUAUAGCGAAACCUUCCCAACUUAAGACCAUCAGCAAUGCACUGGAAAGGCAUAACCUGAACACCGGCAAUAAACUAAAUGAUCAGGAUGAGACCACGAGAGGCAACAUGAAUGACAAUGGCUAUACCAACGCAAGAAAAUUGUUGGGGGUGGAAAAAGUUUAUGGGGUUAUGCUUUGCAGUACAAAGCCAAAUCCUCUGAAAGUUUUCCGAGCUAAAUAUUGGAGACUGCUUCAUAGUGUUCAUAAUAUAGCUGCUUCUAGUAGGGUCACUCGUUCUAAGAUAGAGAAUAAUCAAUGUCUUAGCAAACUGUCGAAAUCCGGUGAACUCGAUGAAGCUCGCCAAUUAUUCGAUGCAAUGCCUGAACGGGAUGAGUUUAGCUGGAAUAUUAUUAUUUCUGGGUAUGCCAGUGCAAGUAGGUUUAGUGAAGCUAGAAAGAUCUUUAAUGAGUCCCCAUAUAAGAGUUCCAUCACUUGGAAUGCUUUAAUAUCCGGGUAUUGUCGACAUGGGUAUGGAAACAAUGCGUUCGAGUUGUUUUGGCAAAUGCAAUAUGGUGGCUUCAAACCCACAGAGUUCACUGUGGCUAGUAUUCUUGGAUCAUUUUCAAAAUCGGGGUAUCUCCUUCAGGGUAAACAGCUCCAUUCUUAUGCUGUAAAAACUCAGUUGGAUGUUAAUAUCUUUGUAGUUACUUCCCUUGUGGAUAUGUAUGCCAAGUACUGUUGCAUCUUAGAAGCUGAAUGUGUUUUCCAGACAUUUCCUGGCAUGAAAAAUCAUGUUUUUUGGACUGCCAUGCUCACAGGUUACUCUCAGAACGGACAUGGGCAUAAAGCAAUUGAGUGCUUCCGAGACAUGCACUUAGAAGGAAUGAAAUCCAAUCAGUUCGCUUUUUCUAGCAUUUUGACUGCUUGUACCUCCAUUCAGGCUCUGGAAUUUGGGCAACAAGUACAUUGUUGGUUAAUUAAGUGUGGCUUAGGGGAUAAUAUAUAUGUUCAAAGUUCUUUGCUUGAUAUGUAUGCAAAGUGUGGGAAUUUGGAUAAGGCAAGUUAUAUUCUUGAAAGUUUGGAAGUUGACAAUGUGAUUGCUUGGAAUUCCAUGAUAGCUGGCUGUGUAAGAGAAGGAUUUGCAGAAGAAGCAUUGUCGUACUUUAAGAUGAUGCAUUCUCGAGGUAUGAAUAUUGACGCGUUUACUCUUCCUAUCAUUAUGAAAAACUUUGCAUCCAAAUCUAGUGUUCAGGUUGCAAGGUCUAUCCACUGCUUAGCUGUCAAAACUGGAUAUGCGUGUUACAAUCAUGUGAGCAAUGCUCUAGUUGACUUGUAUGGUAAACAAGGAAAUUUAGACUGCGCGAGUAAAAUCUUUAAUGAAUUGUCUGACAAGGACAUUGUGUCGUGGACUUCCCUCAUCUCGAGCUAUUCUUGUAAUGGUUGCAAUGAAGAAGCAAUAAAAUUAUUCUGUGUCAUGAGACUGGCAGGGGUAUAUCUGGAUGAAGUGUUGUGCUCUAGCAUAUUAGGUGCCUGUGCUGAACUAACUGUUCUGGAUUUAGGGCAGCAGGUACAUGCAACCUUCAUCAAAGCAGGCUUUAUGUCAUCCUUAUUACUUAACAAUUCCCUUCUUGCUUUGUAUGGAAAAUGUGGAUGCAUAGAAGAAGCAUUUUGCGUCUUUGAUUCAAUGCAAAUGCGAGAUCUGAUUUCUUGGACAGCAAUUAUUGUUGGCUAUGCACAGAACGGUCGGGCAAUGGACUCAAUAAAGUUCCACGAGAAGAUGCUAGGAAGUGGGAUCAUACCUGAUUCAGUGUCAUUUCUUGGCUUAUUGUUUGCUUGUAGCCACGCUGGACUAGUUGACAAAGGUAAAUACUAUUUUGAAUCCAUGGAUAAGAUCUAUGGUAUAAAACCAGGCCCACAGCACUAUGGAUGCAUGAUUGACCUGCUAGGGCGAUCUGGGCAUUGGGCAGAAGUCAAGAUAAUGCUAAAUCAGAUGGAAGUGCCACCAGAUGCGAGCAUAUGGAAGGCAUUACUUGCUGCAUGUAGAGUACAUAGUAACGCAGACUUGGCAGAGAGAGCAGCAAAGAACCUCUUUAAAUUGGAACCGCAGAAUGCUGUUCCUUAUAUUUUGCUUGCUAAUAUAUACUCUGCAGCUGGCAGAUGGAUAGAAGCUGCAAAAGUUCGAAGAUUGAUGAGAUCAAAAGCUAUCAAUAAGGAGCGUGGUUGUAGUUGGAUUGAGAUGGAAGGUAAAGUGCACACCUUUGUAUCUGCUGAUAGAAGUCACCCACAAAUUGUCGAGAUUUACUCAAAGGUUCAUGAGAUUAUUAAGCUAAUUAAAAAGGCUGGAUAUGUACCAGACACAAAUUUUUCUCUCCAUGACACAGAUGAGAAGGGCAAGGAACUUGGUCUUGUCUAUCACAGUGAAAAGCUGGCAGUUGCAUUUGCACUUCUUGUCUUACCUCCUGGGUUGCCUGUCCGAAUUUUCAAAAACAUAAGAGUAUGUGGGGAUUGCCAUACUGCUAUGAAAUUUAUAUCGGAAGUUUUCAAGCGGUAUAUUAUAUUAAGAGAUACAAACCGUUUCCAUCAUUUUAAAGGAGGAACAUGUUCCUGUAAUGAUUAUUGGUAGAUGUACAUCUGCUCUAUAGCCAAACUCUUUCUCCUCGAAAUUGAAUCCUUUUCAGGGCAGACUGCUUCUGUACUGGAAUGUCUUGCUUGAACUGCCUGCAAUCAUCUUGGUUGUGGGUGUAAGAGAUUUUCAAAACUUUUUUGCUGAUGCAAAGUGCAGGUCAAACAAUGCCAGGCUUCUAUAUAUGGAUGAAAGCCUAGGCACUACAAAGUCAACUAUAGGAUGCGCCAUAUUUAUAUGAAGUUAGAAGGUGAGGUAUAUGAUUUCAUUCUCUCGCAUUAGUCAUUAUGGUUCAGCUCAAAGAUUGAGAGGCUUUAUUAUACUGUUUGUACUUUUCUUCCAGGAGGACUACUAAUUUCUGUGGUGCAUAUAUCUUCUGAUUGCUUUAGGAUAAACUGUCUAGUAAAGCUGUCCCUGUUUGAAAUUCUCAUUAUAGUACCAUAAUCCUUAAAAGGGCUUUCCCUCUUCUGGAAAAGGUAACCUUUGAUUGGGAUUACAGUGUAGCCUAGGCUUUUAUCAUACUUUAAUUCCUCAGCCCAAACAAAGUUGCUUUUAUGCGUUCUGGGUGGCAUUCCUCCAUGUUUGUUACUUAUUAUACAAUGUGUUUAUUGUUACUGGCAUACUUCUGUAGACUACGUCUGCCAUGUUGAACACCAGGCUACCACAAAGGUGAUUCUUGACAAUGAUAUCUUUUUUCUUGCUAGAUUUCUUCAACAAUCUAUGUUGCUCUUGUGGUCGUAUCUUUCAUUCUUUUACAUUUAAUGGUUCUUUUGCCAUUAGAGAGACACUCAUUAUCUGCAAAAAUAAUUCUUGAGAGCUUUUUUGUUUUCAAUUCUAUGUAGAUGUUCUUUUUUUUCUUUUUCAUGUAGACUGGUGCAAUUUAUUGAUACAAACAAGUGCUGAAAUAUUGAAAUAGUUAGUGGCUUUACAUUCUGAUGAUGCAUCCUCAGGAGCUUCCAACGGUUAAUAUAGCUGUCACCAGAGCUCCCUUCGUGAGUUGCAAUCCCAUAAGGUGUGUGUAAACUUCCCGUUCGUUGUAAUAAUCUGAGGAACUUUCACCCCCUGUGAAAGAAGCUAAGAAUGCUACAAAAGCUUGAGAAGCUAAAAAUGCUACAAAAGACGAGCGUAAAAGAGAUGAUGAACAAAUUUUGUUGAGGAUUUACCAGUGUAUUGGUAAAACUAUCAUCCUAACUUGAGUGUAAAAGAGUCACCCAGUAUGCUUGAUUUUGUUCUUAUAGGCGUAUUAUUGAGAAUGUAGUUUUUUUUAGUCUAUUGUAUUAUAAAAUUUAUGAGAAUUCAUCUUUUUUCCGUA